UGCAACAAUUAUAUUGCUGACUGUUCGGAAAAGCGGACAUUUUAAGUAACACAUCCUCAAGGGGAGCUUGUAUAGUUGGCUAUCUUGAGCGCUAGAUAUAAAUAAGCACAAUAUAUGAGCUGCUGGAAAAGUUUAUCAUCUCGAUACUCUUGAUUCGCAUGUAGGACUGACUUGACAAAUCUGACAUCCCAAUGGGAAGACUUAUCUGAGGUGGCCCACAAAGAUGGCAUCUCUUACAUUCAAAAGCUGACAUAACCUGCACUGUAAGAGGAUGGAUAUCACGGAAAGCUUUGUCUCUGAUUGUAAUGUUUCCAAUGGGUAUGUCAACAAAGUCUUCAGUGUGUCUCUGGAUAUGGAGAGUGAAACAGGGAUUGUCCAAAUCCACAAAUUCAAGGAUCAUGAAGAGUCUUUGGAUCUGGUUUCCACUGAGGAUUCAAUAAAUGACAAACAGGAAAUGAAUCAGGCAUCCAAAACUACAGGAAUCUGGAGGAUUCUCAACCAUCGAAGAAUUGCUUCUGACUAUGAGAGACGCCCUCAAUCUAUGAUACUUCCAGGGGAAACAUCUGAAUACAAGCAGUCAUUUGCUGACAAAGUAAAGGGUUUCAAGAAUUUGAAGCCCCCUUUUGUCUUCAGAGGCAAAUCUGGCAAGCUUUCCAGUGUAAAGUACCACAGUGUACUUAAAGCAGAGACAAAUGAGCACAGCAAUAACUCUCCUGUUUUGUUAUGCUCUCAAAGGAAUGUACUCAGGAAUAAAGGCAAGAGGCAUUCAUAUGCAGGUUACACUGCAGAGUUUGAUUGCUCUUUUGAGGAUAUAGACUUUGCUACUACAAUUGACCAUGAUUUCCAGUUACCUGUGGACACAAGUAAGCAACAGAAGACUCACACAUGCUCAAAGAAAGCUCACUCAAACUGCAACAACUCAUCUGUGACAGUCUGUGAAGAACACUAUGUGAAAGAGAGCCCCAAGGUGCCUCUAGGGGGCAGACGGUCAAAAGGAGGUGAUGUUUGGAAUUACUUGAAAAGAUUUUCCUUUAAAGGAAAGGGAAGUUCAACUUUGUUGGAGAAGAGCUUUGACUCCAUGCAUACACUGGACAAAACCAUUGACUCAGACUAUGGAUGUGUUGACAUAGAUUGUAUUAAAGACUCCAUGCCUAUACCUAAACAGACAGGCCCAGAUGUCAAAAGCAGCCACUUUAGAGGACUGUUUAGGUUCUUUAACAGCAUGGCUGAGACUGCUCGAAAAUGGAGGAACUCAUCCAGGCCCUUAUCACCUCCUGAAUGUGAAUGUUCCAAUACUGGUUCAGCAAAACCAAAGCAGAUUAAAGAAUGUAUCCAUACUAAUUUUAAUGAACUCAAAAGAGAGCCUAAUGCUUUCACUAAGCCUGACUUUAGCCAUGACAUAUGUGAGAUGUCGAAUGUCGAAAUGUCGAAAUCCUGGAAAGCAUGGCCAGAUUCAUCGAGCACUAAUGGAUUUUCUGAUGGGACAGAAUCACAACACACCUCCAUUCAUACUUCUCUGGCCACCAUUGAGAACCACCUAAAAACUGACAGUCCAGAAGGAAGUUCUCUGUCUGAGCUUGAGCUUCAGGUUGACCUACAGGUACAAAGUGAAUCUGAGUUUUCUGGCAUUUCAGAUAAACCUAAAGGACACACAAAUGGUGAAAAAAUGGGUAUUUGCAGUGGUAUAAUUCCAGACUGCCCAGAUGAAAUAUUUAAGGCCCUUUCUCGCCCUCCUGGCAUGUCACCUCAAGAUCCUCCUUUUAAAUUGGUCCUGCAGAGGUGCCAUUCACUUCCUCUUCCACAAAAUGCCAUCUCUGGAUCGGUAGUCAGCUUGCUGCUAGACAAAUCAGCUGAGUCUGUUGAGUCAGCCACUGUCCUCAGCAGCAAUGGAAACAAAAAUCGAAAAAAAAUUAUCAGACCUGGUUCUGGACCUCUGCAAGUGCAUGUGCUGAUCAGUGGAGGGUCCAUCAUCAGUGCUGAGGCAGUAUGGGAUCAUGUGGCCAUGGCUGACCGUGAACUGGCGUUUAAGGCUGGAGAUGUUAUUAAGGUUCUGGAUGCGUCCAACAAGGAUUGGUGGUGGGGGCAGAUCGAUGAUGAGGAGGGCUGGUUUCCAGCUAACUUUGUCAGGGUUGAACCUCACCCUCAUCAACCCAAAACAAAACAGGUUUUCUAUAUCAACUCUAUAGCCACUCGAAGGUUCCAAACCACAACAGCAAAGCUGUGGGUGAACCAGGACGAUCGAUCAAUUGAAGCUGCUGAGGGCAGUAGUGAGGUCCAGAAUGGGCACCUGGAUGCAAGUAGUGAAUGCCUCUGCUUGGGUCAGCCUCUUCAGAACAAAGACCAGAUGAGGGCUAACGUCAUAAACGAGAUCAUGAGCACAGAACGUCACUACAUCAAGCACCUGAAAGAUAUAUGUGAGGGUUACUUGAGGCAGUGCAGAAAGAGGAUCGACAUGUUUAAUGAUGACCAGGUAAAAGUAAUUUUUGGAAACAUUGAGGACAUCUAUAGAUUCCAGAUGGGAUUCGUUCGUGAUUUGGAAAAGCAGUAUAACACAGAAGAUCCCCAUCUGAGUGAAAUAGGUCCAUGCUUCCUAGAACAUCAAGAUGGGUUCUGGAUCUACUCUGAAUAUUGCAACAACCAUCUGGAUGCAUGUAUGGAGCUAUCUAAGCUGAUGAAGGAUGGACGCUACCAGCACUUCUUUGAAGCAUGCCGUCUCCUGCAGCAGAUGAUUGACAUUGCAAUUGAUGGCUUCCUGCUGACCCCUGUGCAGAAGAUUUGCAAAUACCCACUGCAGUUGGCUGAGUUACUCAAAUACACAGCACAGGAGCACAGUGAUUAUCGUUAUGUGGCUGCAGCAUUAGCUGUAAUGAGGAAUGUCACCCAACAGAUCAAUGAGCGCAAGAGGAGACUGGAGAACAUUGACAAAAUUGCUCAGUGGCAAGCAUCUGUUCUAGAUUGGGAGGGUAAUGACAUUUUGGACAGAAGCUCGGAGUUGAUAUACACAGGUGAGCUGUCUUGGAUCUACCAACCUUAUGGGAGGAGUCAGCAUCGAGUUUUCUUCCUUUUUGACCACCAGCUAGUGUUGUGUAAAAAGGAUCUCAUUCGACGUGACCUCCUUUACUACAAAGGUCGUAUUAACAUGGACAGGUAUGAAGUGAAAGAUGCAAUUGAUGGAUGGGAUGAUGACUUCAAUGUUAGCAUCAAGAAUGCAUUUAAACUACACAAUAAAGACACAGAGGAAUUUCACAUCUUCUUGGCCAAAAAAUUGGAGGAAAAGAUUCGCUGGCUUAGAGCAUUUCAUGAAGAACGGAAAAUGGUGCUAGAGGAUGAAAAAAUAGGCUUUAAAAUUUCUGAAUAUCAAAAACGGCAAGCAGCAAUGACGGUGCGUAAGGUGACCAAACAGAAAGGUGAGGCACCAAAGCGUUACCAGUAUUUUCUUGAAUUUGCAGAUUCAUUUAUAGAUAUCAUCUUGAGAAAGAGGGCCAUAUUAUAUGGACAUGGUAUGAAAAUGAUAAAGCUCUAAAUCUAAACAGAUAUGUGGAACAUUCAUCGUCUUGCCCCCAGAAGCUCAUAGCCAAAGGACUGUCUGCAACCACCAAUGACUUGGCACACUCCAAUAUAUUUGAGUUUCAUUAUCAAAUACAAGCUCAAUCACCAUUCUGGCAAAAUUUUGGAAGGUUGGCAUUAUUGAAAAAAUAGAAUAAACAUUCAAAUGGUAACUGAAAAAACAAAUCUUUGCAUGGAAUGGAGGAAAAUUAGAGAUUUCUCUGAUAGAUGCAUUCAUUCAUUCAUAAGCAGUGCUAAAGUAUAUGCCUGUUUUACUGGUCAUGUAUUAUUAUAUGGAUUUUGCAGAACUUUGAGGCAACAUUAAAGUAAUACUUUGUGCAAAAUGACAAAUACAUUAGAUAAUUUAGCAAUAUGUUAAUUGUUACUAAUUUUAAAUUACCUUUGACAUUACUGGGUAAAGGUAUUCAGUUGUAGUCAUGAAGAAAUAUUGGUGCAUAUACAGUACAAAAAAUAAAGCUGAUCUGUGAUUCAUAGUGAGCUAGACUAGUUUUGUGCAUCAAAUGAUUGCUUGAACUAAUGUUUCACUAAAGAGAAUUUUUCAAUUCAUUUUUCUCAAUUUUACAACCUUGAAGCAAGUGGAGGUGUUUGUAAAAGAACAUUUGUGCAUAUGAAAGGUAACAUGAAAAGUCAUAUAAAAAAUCUUUAACCACAACAUGUAUUAGAUUUUAACCAGUAAGGGUAGUUUUGUUGACUGUUUUCUGAACAUGAUGUAUUUCUUGAUAUAGAUUUUAUUUGCCUGAAAUGAGGCUGACUUUCUAUUUGUGUCUUUUUGAAGUUUUCAAAACUUACCUUCACAAUAAAUUGUAGUUUAUUUCAAAGCCAUGUUAAACAGUAGAUUUAACCUGAAUCAACAAUGCGAAUUCAGCUUAUCUGAAGCAUUUACCAUGAUGUUCAGAUAUGCUGUCUUGGUAGUGUUGUCAAGUGUCAAUUAUAUACAUUUGAUGGCUUUUUUUUUAUCAACAUUGGAUGUCAUUAUCGAUACAUGGUUGUAUACAACCGGUUGCAUGAACCUGGAUAAAUGGCGCAUUCAGUAAAAAACACCUAGAUACUUCCUUGUGUGUGUGCGCACACAUGCAGAGACCUUUCAUCAAACUCAGGAAAUUAUUUAUAUAAUGUAAAAUUACAAUAUUUACAAUAAAUACUAUUGUCAUGUACCUGCAGCCUCCUUGACUGCUUUUUCUUGGCUCAUUGCCUGAUGAUUAUCAGUAGUCAAUAGAUUAACAGUUACAUCCCUUUCCAAGCAGACAAUCAAUCACAAGUCACCAUGGCAGUAAAAAUCAUUUGGGUUAUCAGAAUCACACUAUUUUGCCAAUGGUACAGAGAAAUUUUGUAACGCAUUAGGCAAGUGUGUUACCUAGAAUAGGUGGAACUACAAUUCAUGUACACUACAAUAAACACAAUAAAUUUAGUACACAACUCCACAGCUAUGCCAUCUGGUGAAGGGAGGUGCAGUUGUGUUUGUUAUAGAUGGCUUGUUGGGUGUUUUGAUUGAGUGGUAACAUUUUCUUUGUUUCUGUUGUUAACAGUUUAUUUCCAUGGGUUAGUGAGGUCCUUGGUUAAUUUCUCAGCUUCCUUCUUGCUCCCAUUGCCAUCAGCUUCUGAAUUUUUAGCUUCUGCAGAUCCAUUAGCCUUUCUACUGUAGACAACAUUUCAUAAAAAUCUGGCUAUUAGCAGGGAUAGGCUGAGGUGCAUGACAUGGCGAUGCACCUCAGCCUCUCCCUGCUAAUAGCCAGAUUUUUAUGAAAUUUUGUAACUUCAAAAAGAUACAAAUAUGUUGACACUGUCUGAUCAUUUGCUUAUCUAUUUGAAGUCUUUGGAGAUGUUUAUUAGGAAUUUUAUUGACUCCACUUUACUAUAAUAAUGUAUUAUAAACAGGACUUACAACAAUUAUUCUCGGAGAUGAAAUGUUAUAAAAUAAAAUCCAGAAAAGAAGCUAAAAGCACACACAAAAAUCCACAAAGAUUCUAGCUUGUGUGCACACAUGCACAAGAUUGUAUCCAGGUGAUUCUUAUUGCCCCUCUCAAUGCAUUGAGAUGGUGGAACAUUUAGUAAAAAGGUCAAUUCAUAAAGGAAGUAUGAAUUCUUCAGUACAUACAGUAUUAAGAUAUUGAGUCCAUACUGUGCUAAAAACUCACAAUUCUUAGUUCAUGUUAAUCAGUUUGAUUUAGAGAUGGAUAGAAGCAUAUUUAAGGUAUUUUUGGUUCAAUGUGUAUGAGUUUUAUGAGAGUUUUGGAUGUCUAGGAGCUUAAUUAAUCACUCUUACUGUUCAAAAUUGCAGUAUGACCUGUAGUAUUACUCAAUAGGCAUAUCCUGGCUCCAGAUAAAUUAUUAUGAAUGUUAUAGGCAUUUAAUUUAGCCAAGAAUAUUUUGUGACCCAUGACUAUGAACAUUAACUGACAGUCACCUGAUGUGUUUUUGGACACCCUUGAAGCCAAAAGAAGUACCUAGGAAAUCCCUAGAAUGUCAUUUUUUAAUUUUUUUUUUUUUACAUUUUUAUUUUAUUAUAUUUUGCAUUGAUUUAAUGAACUACCCAAUGUAGAAAAUGUAUUCUUUUUUGGUGAUCAGUCAUUAUUUUGUAUAACAUGAACUGACAUUAACUAAAAUCUUAAAAUAUAAAACAUUUUAAUGUUGAUAAAGCACUGUUUUCUUUUGUUGUAUUUAUUUUAUAUUGAUUACUGAAUUGAAAUGGUAUAGGUUUUAUAGUGGACCACAAUGUAAUUUUUGUCCCCUUUGCUGGGUAUUUGCUGGGUAUCUGUCUUAUUGAUGGGUAAAAAGAAUAAAUCCUUAAUUUCUAAGAAUUCA